AUGCAUCUGCCCCUGGCGCGCCUGCCAUCCUGCUGCAGCCAGCAGACGGCCGCCGUAUUGUCAGCCGCCCCGCCGCCGCCGCGUGUCGCGUUGCCCAACCAGCGACCCCAGCAGCAGCACCAGCAACAGCGACCCCAGCAGCGGCGGCAGCAUCCGCAGCAGCGGCGGCGCCUCUCCUUUGUGGCGGCAGCUGCUGGCGUCAGCGGCGUGGACGCGGGAAGCGGCAUGCCAUCGCACACGGCUGAUUCCAAGGACUCCCCGUUCAAUGAGCUCAAGCUAGCCAAGGCCAUGGAGGGGUGGGGCAAGGUGCGCGUGCGCCAGCACGUGAACCCCCUUCGCUCCGAGUACCAGACGCCCCUGGGGGCCGUCGACUGGGCGGCCGCGUUUGAGGACCCCACGCUGCCCCUGGUGGUCGACCUGGGCUGCGGCCCCGGCCGCUUCCUGCUGCUGCUGCAGCGGCGCGCGGCCGCGGGCGAGGCGGCGGGCGCGGGGGUGCCGGCGGGCGGGAGGUGCAACUUCUUGGGGGUGGAGAUCCGCCGGGCGGUGAGCUGCGUUGCGUGA